CGCUGAUCGUCCACGGGAACGAUGGAGAAGAUCCUCAGUAACUUUCACACCUGUUCCGCAACAACACUGUUGCUACUGUUACUCAUAUUGCCAGCACAACCCCUUCGAAGCGGCGUGGAUCCCGUCAUCAUAUUGGGAACAUUCAACUCAAUGGACAACGUAUGCCUGAUGAAAAAGAUUUUUAAAGGCCAACCCAGUCCUGCGACGAUCAAUUUCGACAGCGUAGACCCAAUCAACUACGCGAGAGCUUUCACCGAAGAUGGCCAAAAGAAAUCCGGCAAAAUAUCGAUGAGUUUGGUGCAAGGAGCAAUUGGAUCGAAUUCGAUUAGUUUGCAGAUAAGUGAAACUGCCAGUAAAAGUGUGUUCAAGAGCAACGCAUUUGUGGAAAUCAGAUGCAUGGGUGCGAUCAUUCCGGUACCGGUACCACAAAAUUAAUGUAACUGUGAACUUUAAAUAAUUGAAAUAAAACUCAACAUGUAAACCAUGUAAUACCCAAAUCUUUUUUGAGUAUAAAUUUAAAGCAGGUUCGUAUUCACAGACGAGGGGACCAUGGGCCUCAACAUUUUAACUAACUCAGAGCAAAAUACAGGAACAACAUAUCCAAUAUUUUAUAAACUCAAUGACAUUCAAGAAGAUUUAA